UUGAUGUGAUCUUCAAAUAUAAGUAGAGUAUCUGUGGUGUAUCCGAUAGUACAGAGAGAGAAAAAAAAUGGCGGAGGCGGCAGUGACAUUCCUGCUGGAGAACGUGCAGAAGCUGCUGGUGGAGCAGAUGAAUCUCAUCUCCGGGGCUGAGAAGGAGCUGAAGCAGCUGCAGAGCGAGCUGGAGCUGAUGAACGCCUUCUUAAUCGAGUACGCCAACAAUCGGGAGAAGGGCCAAGUCUUCAUUCAGUUCGAGCGCCAGAUCAGGGAGGCCGUCUACGAGGCCGAAGACACCCUCGACGCUUGCCUCACCCACAAGGCCAAAUCUGGUGGUAGCAUUCUCAACAUCAAGCAUCUUAACUUGGCCAAGAAGGUCAAGGAGCUUCGCCUCCAGCUCCAGCCUACCUUCGACCGAGCCAUCAAGGGCUUCAACGCCCUUCCCGUCGCCGAUGGAUCUGGAGUUCCCCAUGAUAAUAAACUCAAAAAGAAUGAUCUGGUGUUGAGAGAAGACAAUGUAGUGGGUUUUGCUGAUGAGGAAGCCACUCUGAUCAAAUAUUUGUAUGAAAAAACUGAGCAACUUGAUGUUAUCUCUAUUGUGGGCAUGCCUGGUCUUGGCAAAACCACUCUUGCCUGGAAAAUCUACCGAGACCCCAAGAUCCAGUUCGAAUUUCCCACGUUGAUUUGGGUGUAUGUUUCUCAGGAAUUCAAUGUGAGAGAGGUGUUUCUCACCAUUCUCAAGAAGUUCACCCGCGAAGACAUGUCUAGCAAGGAAGACUGGGAGCUAGCUCCACUAGUCCGGUCUCAUCUGCUGAGGGGAAGAUUCUUACUCUUCAUGGAUGAUGUGUGGACUGUGGAAGACUGGAAACUAAUCGUACCUGCCCUGCCAAGGAACAAUAAAUCAGGUAAAGUUCUGAUAACGAGCCGUCAUGAGAGAGUAGCUAAGCAAACAAACCUCAACAGAGAACCUCACAAGCUGCGGUUCUUGCGUACUGAGGAAAGUUGGGAGUUGCUCCAGUUGGAGGUAUUUGGUAACAACAAUACAUGCCCGGGAGAUUUGGAGGGUGUUGGAAAGGAUAUAGCCACACAGUGUCGGGGAGUGCCAUUAGCAGUCGUGGUGAUAGGAGGAACUCUUAUCGAAAAACGUCUAGACAAGAGAGAAUGGGAGGAGGUGUCCAAGUGUGUCAGUACCUAUGUCCAGGAUGACAAGCGGACUGAAAACAUUAUCUCCAUGAGUUAUCACAAACUGCCUCAUAACUUGAGGGAUUGCUUCCUCUACCUUGGGGUAUUUCCCGAGGACACCGAGAUCCUGGCAUGGAAGCUCACGCGCUUGUGGAUUGCAGAAGGAUUCAUACAGCAGAAGCGGGGGAGGAGCUUGGAGGAAGUGGCAGAGGACAACCUAGACGACCUCGUGGCCAGGAACUUGGUCAUGGCUGAGAAAACCAAGGCCAACGGCGACAUCAAAACAUGCCGCGUCCACGACAUGAUCCGUGAGUUCUGCCAGAAUGAAGCCGCCUUUGCGAACAAGAAUCUUUUCCAAGAGGUUAAGAAGACGAGGCAAGGUGUGUUCGAGCCAGCAAUAUCCGAGAUAGUGAAGCGCCGCCGCCUGUGUAUUCAUUCCCACGUGGCAGAGUUCUUCCGCAAGACACCCAAGGGCAAAGGAGUCCGCUCGUUUGUUUGUUUCUCCAAGGAAACGAUCGGGUUGCCAGCAGAGCAUACAGGGUCGAUCCCCGAAGCUUUUGAUUUGCUUCGGGUUGUAGACGUCACUCCCAUCAAAUUCACCAAAUUCCCCCCAAAACUCACCAAGCUGAUACAUCUGAGGUACAUUGCUCUCUCCGGCAAUGAAUUCAAGGCUCUACCCGAAUCUGUCUCGAAGCUCUGGAAUCUACAGACCGUUAAGAUAGACACCUUGUUGCGCGAGUUUGAGGUGAAAGUGGAUAUCUCCAAGAUGCUGCAGCUAAGGCAUUUGAAGACGAAAGCAGCCAUCAAGCUCAAGGAAGUGAAAGGCGGAGGCGGGGAAAAUCUACAAACGCUGAGCAGAUUAUCGGCCGAAAGCUGCAAAGAGGAGCUGUUCAACAGGGCCAAAAACCUCAAGAACUUGGGGAUCCGAGGGGACCUAACCAAUCUGGUGGAAGCAUCCUACUUGGGGAAACUGGAACAUCUUGAAAAGUUGAAGCUGGUGCACGACUUGUUACCUUCGGCUUCAGACGAUGCGCUACAUCGCGUGCCUCAUCAGCAGAGUUUCCCGCCGAAUCUGAGGAUACUGACGCUUUCGUCUACGCAUUUGCCUUGGACGCAGAUGAGUACACUCGGAAGCCUGCACACACUACAGGUGCUCAAGCUUAAGGAAACGGCGUUCAAGGGAGCGUUGUGGGAAGCUCAGGGCGGCGGCUUUCUUAACUUGGAAACGUUGCACAUUUCACGCAGUGAUUUGCAAACAUGGACUGCUUCUGGUGAUCCAUUUCCCAAACUCAAGAAUCUGAUACUGAAGAACUGCGAGAAGCUUCAAGAGAUCCCAUCUGCAGUGGCGAAGGGGAAGAGCCUUCAGCUCAUGGAAAUCGAACGUGUGUCGGCAUCGCUACUUAAAUCUGCUGAGAAGAUCAGCAGGGAAAAACAGGAGAUGCAAGGCGGGGAAGGAAGAGCUCAGAAAGGUGGAUUUAAGCUCAAAACCUCUCCAGGGGAUGCAUCAACACCAAACUAAUCCACCGACUAUCUUAAUUAUUAUCAGUCUCAAUAAUUUUCGUACUGUAAUAUGGCCUAAUUAUCUUUUAAGCUCUUAUCCCUUUCAUGUACCAACAUAUUUAUGUGUGCUCAUUAGGCAGCAGUGUGUUAUUAAAACUCUUUCUAGCAAUGCCAAACUAAGAUUUUGCUUUA